CGUCGUGCCCCGCCUCCGCCCGCCAUCUUGCUUCUGCCGGGGAGGAAGAGCGCUGAGGUGUCCUUUUCCAGGGAAGUGAGGUAGCCAUGCCGCACUUUCAGAACUGGGAUGAGUUCAGCCGCGCCGCCGAGAAGCUCUACAUGUCGGACCCCCUGAAGGUACGUGUGGUACUCAAAUAUCGGCACUGUGAUGGAAAUCUGUGCAUCAAAGUAACAGAUGAUGUUGUUUGCCUACUGUAUAGGACAGAUCAGGCUCAAGACGUAAAAAAGAUUGAGAAAUUCCACAGUCAACUAAUGCGACUCAUGGUAGCCAAAGAAUCCCGGAGUGUUGUCAUGGAAACAGACUGAAUAUCCUGGAAGAAUAUGAGUGUUCUAGUUACGUUUCACAAGCGGAAAGUAUUGCUUGGAUUUGGGUAGAUUUUGGAACCGAAGUACAGUGGCAUCAAGUGGAUUAUUAAAAUGUAAAGUGGGUUUCUAAGAACUUUCAGGCUCCACUUCAAAGCGGCUUCGGUGACUGUAUGCUUUCGUUUGAAAGCCUCUAUUUAUUUCUUUUUUAAAUUUCAGCAAGCAGGGAUGCAUGGCCUUUGCUGGGUAUACUAAAGGUUAAAAUGUAAUUGCCCAGAUUUUUACACUUUUGUCAAUCACCAAUUCUGUGCCCAAAAAAAGAGGAAGCAAGCAUUUUCCUCUGAGAAGUGUCAGCAUGCUAUUGUAUAGCAGGGUUUCUUUUCUUGUUGAAUUCUAUGUUGUUGUAUUUGUUAAAAUAAAAUGGAAAAUUAGCUUAGUAACUGGAUGUAAUAAACCUUUAAAUAUGUAUAUAUACCAUUGAAAUGACCAAUAUAUGACAAAAAGUUUAACUGGCAACAUA